CCUAUCCUCCCAUGCGAUCGCACAUUACUGCAUGCUAGCAUUGUUAACUGGUAUGGUUCUGAGACAGACAUGUUCGCAACAUGUACAAGUUUUGGUGACGUACCGACAGCAGGUCGAUCUUGAGUUCAUCUGUCCGGCUGCCGCAUCUACACGUAGUUACAGGUCAGGCCAGGGUGCUCUGCUCAGGUGCAAGAAUCGUAUGCACUCGGUUUUUGACAGCGGUUGUGAUGAUGAUAAUUAUAGUUGAAAGCCACCGACACGCCUGGGAGGUCAAUGAAUCCAAUUAGUUAUUAGUGAAAGUCCUCGUCAUAUGAUUCAAGCUGGAAAC